CCACGACCUUCACCGGUGGAGGACGUCGUAUAAGACUCACCUCCCUUGUCUAGCCAUCCAUCGCUAUCCUGAGUCCAUGCGUCCUGUGACCGCAUAUGUCAGAUAUUUAAUUAUGGUAAAAUAUAACUAAAAUUGACAGGAAAAAAUUACAAUUAAUUGAUCUGUCGGUUUCUGCAGAUAGAAACAGAGAAAAGGAAGUGAAAAAAAAUAAACAGUGACAGUAGCGAUAACCUAAACAUACAAGAAAUAAACAAUAUAAUUACGAGAAGUUGGUAAAAAAAAAGCAUAAACUAAAACAGGAAAGUAUCAGUGGCAAUAAACAAAAGACGGUCGGUUAGAGAAAAAGCUAUUAACAUUCAACAGAAGAUACACUACCGAAGAAGGAAGAGGUUCUGGAGGAUGAAGUGUGACAAAGGAGGUCAGGAGCGGUGUGUGGUGGUGGCCUAACAUCACUUCGGGGUCACCAGGAUUAACGCUCGUCACAGACACAGCAGCAGCAGUAGUAGUAGUAGUAGCCACCAGCGGAGUCCGAGCCUUAUACAGCUUCUGAAAACUGGCACAUGUAUAUAACGGUUAGGUGAGGAGGAUGAGCGGACCCCCUAUGAACGGGUGCUGUACGGGCUGCACCAUGAUCAACGAUGGCUCAAGGAGGUCACGUUGGGUCGUCGGGUCGGCUUCUAUCGCUUCAGGGGCGAGCUGGGUCAAGGCAACUUCUCCACCGUGCGUCUUGCCUUCCAUCAGCUGACCCGAGACAAGGUGGCGGUGAAGGUAAUCGACAAGGCCAAACUGGACCAGAAAACACAGAGGAUGUUGGCCAGGGAGAUCUCCAACAUGGAUGCCGUCGCUCACCCCAACAUUAUAAGGUUGUUCGAGGUUGUGGAGACUCUAUCAAGGAUCCACCUGGUGUUGGAAUUCGCUCCUGGUGGUGAACUCUUUAACCGCAUCACGGCCGAGGGUCGCCUCCCGGAGAACGACUCGGCCAAGGUCUUCACCCAGGUCCUCUCGGCCGUCACCUACCUGCAUGGUCUCUCCAUCAUCCACCGAGACAUCAAAGCAGAGAAUGUUUUCCUGGCUGGGCCAGGUCAGGUCAAGCUGGGUGACUUUGGCUUCUCCACACGUGUUAAUGACUUGCAGCAGCAGCUGAGUACCUUCUGUGGCUCCCCACCUUAUGCUGCCCCUGAACUAUACAAGGAUGAGUCGUACGUGGGUCCAGCAGUGGAUAUCUGGGCCCUGGGGGUCCUCCUGUUCUUUGUCUUAACUGCUGACAUGCCUUUCAAGGCAAACACAGUGGCUGGGUUGAAGCGACACAUCCUUGCAGGGGCAUUCAUUACCCCAGAGCACGUGUCUCCUGCAGCAUCAGACCUCAUUGCUCGGCUCCUGGUGCAGGACCCUAAUGAGAGGCCAGGCACUGACACCAUUGCUGUUCAUACCUGGCUCUCCACAGCUCCUGCCCAACCCACACCACUACCUACUUAUGUCUUGGCACCCACCUUCUCAACGGAAGAUUCAAGUGAUGUGGAGAUAGAGGCUGUGUCAACACUUCAGAAGUGGGGCAUCUCGCAGCAGUCCUUGGAAGAUGGGUUGUCCCUGGGUGCCCGUUCACCAUCUCUCGCCACCUACCGGAUCCUCCUUCACCGCCUGAUGACCCAGCCCAAUAGCCCCAGCAAAUCCUCCAACAACAACUCCACUGACACCAUCACCUCCUCCAAGCCUGCUUCCUCAGCCUCCACUCCCAGCAAAGACUCAUCUCCCAGGAGACGGUUGCCAAGGCUUCCCAAGAAUGGACAUGCAACUAAUGCAGGAUAUGGGGGAGUUAAAUCCCGUGCCUGCAUAAUUGUUUAGUGUGAAUUAGACAGGACAAAUUCCAGUCCCAUAUCACAGUUUAAUAUAUCUGUGGUUCAUUCUGUGUGUAAUGAGGGUCUAAUUAAAUGUUGUUUAUCCUGUGACAACCAGAUUAUGGUCCUCUGGUGGGUCCUGUCAAAUGUGAAGACUUUUUGGAUCACAUGAGAUUGACUAAUCAUAAUUAUAUGGCUGUGUUAUUUACAGUUAUGCAAGCAAUCCUACAUUAGGUUUGAUCAUAUCGAAUACCUGUUUAAGGCCAGUAUUGUUCUUUAGAGAGAACACAUGUAUAUUAAUAUAAUUAUAAGAGUUGUUUAGUGUUUAUCAGUGCAAAGGCCAAAGAAAUAUUUCCUAACCUCAGAGUUAAUAUUUGUGUAUAUUUGUUGUACAGAAGAGAUGCAUGUUGUUGUUGUAGAGAAAGCUAACUAUAUAUAUACUGUAUAUGAGUCAAAUGGCUUUUGUUGACCAAUUAAAGUAUCAUCCAGUAGUCAGGAUACAGUAGUCUGCUACAUCAAUUCCAUGAAAAAUGUGUAAGUUGUGGAGGGUUUGCCAGUGUAUACAUACAGUAUAUAUAGUCUGAACUAGGAGUAUAAAGAUUAAAAGUAAAACACCACCUGAAACCCUUCUAGUAUGUAUUGUACUGUACCAUGAAUCCUCUGUUUAGAUAGAAUAGUCUGACCUCUAAUUAUCACCAGCAUCUGAUGUUUAUGAUAAUACAAUAUUUGUCAAGUUAAAAUCAUUGAUUGUUAUUGUUAGAAGAAGAGUGAGAGAAACAAAGGAAAAAAUACAGUAUGAUUAAUGGUAAUGUCAGUAAUGUCCAAAGAGAAUGAAACCAGCAACCUGCCAGAGAGUGUUGUUAUGGCACUGAGUGUGAGCUGUUUCAAGACCAGACUUGACCAACACUGGAGGAGGUUCAGGUACAUUCAGGAGCCAGUGUAUGCCCAGUACUUGCCAACAGUGCCUAAGAGAUGUGGCCGAUUGCCCAAGUGGCUAACAGCCAAUCAGUGGUGAAGAGGAUAAAAGAAAAAGAAAAUAAUUGAAGAGAAAGACACAAGAAGAAAAUAUAAUUGAAGAGGGAGACACAAGAAUAAAAUAUAAUUGAAGAGGAAGACAAAGAAGAAACUAUACAGUAAUUGGAAUCCAUAGAGGAAAACUAGUCAUCAAUAGAGAAUAGUGAUGAGAAAUGACAACCAAUAUCAGUAACCCCUUUUUUUUUAACCAAGGGUGAAAAAAAGUUGUCUAACCCACCCAACCUAUCCAAAAUUUUUACUUUUUUUUUAUCUGGUCAUCUUUUAUUCAGCUUCAAGACUUGAUAUUUAGAAGUCCUUCCUCUUUUGUCAUUUGUUUGCUGGUGAUGCAUAGAGAUCUGUCACUUGACGUCCAAUAUUGGCAAUAUCGUAAGCCUGUUUGUGGGUCCGGUCUUUAAAUUACCGAAGUGAAGGUACUGUAUACAUAAGUCAGGCUCAUGAUGGUUACUUACAUACUUCCAGUGAUAUUUGGAAAGUGAAUAUUUCCAGUGGGUGGUGUUUGUGGUGGUGUGUGGAGCACUGUGCUGUUACCUGAGACAUGUUUACUUGUGGCGCUGGUGAGUCUUACUGCCAUCUCCUCCACGAAGGAUCAACAGUUGAUUACUGAGACAACAAUGUUCUUCAGGAUGUUUUGUUUAGAUGUAUUUCUUGAUGCUAUAAUUAGAUAAGAAUAUUCAGCAACAAAUAUUGUCCAGGUACAGUACACUCAAGAGUAAAAUAUUGUUUAUGUCAUCCAUAUUGUAAGUACAGUACUGUAUACAGUACAAUAAUUUUUAUUGUCCCAGAAAUCUAAUCUUGUUACAGUUUUUGCAGGAAAAUUAA